CUAUCGCCCAGAUCUUUGGUAUGCGUUGCUUGGGCUUGGCCCUGUUAGGCUCUAAUGCCUGGAUCGUGUGGACCGUAUGGCUUAUAGUGCUGUGCAGCAGUGCUGGCUGGUGUUACCUCAACUUGGAGAUAGGGGAUCCCUGCACAACAAGCUAUCGCAGCAAUUGCCAGCCAAUUGAGUUAUGCAGCACCCUGAAGGAGUAUAUACGCAAUGGGAAUCUAACUCCACAAACGGUCCAGACUUGUGGCUAUACCAUACGUAGCGAGAAGAUUUGUUGUCCAUUGCCGCAGCAGAAAAAUCGUGCUGACACUGAAGUGACAAAAAUACCCAUUACAACAACAAUAGCUCCAACCGUUCUACCUAGAACCCAGACUUCGAGCACAACAGCUAGUCCAGUGAUCGGACGUCCCGACUGGUUUAAUAUCUUCAACACCAGCUUCGAUUAUGUGAACGGCGUUGAAAGGGCACAGUCCUCCACUCGACCACCACGUCAACCAGCACCAGCACCAGCACCAACAUCAGUGCCAUCGGGUCCAGCUUUACAAACCGGCUCGCCGGGUUUUUUGUUCCCCGGUCCGAGUAGCUUGCAAUUAGGUGGUCCCUGUUAUGCGCCACUAUACGAGGGCAUUUGCGUGGCCAUCUCAAAAUGCGAAAGUGUGGUGCAGUUGAUAGAUGAGAAUCGCCUGCGGUCCGACGAUGUGCCGAGUUGUCAGCGCGGCACCUACGAGGAGAUCAUCUGCUGUCCACCACUAAUUCCCAUUAAGCCUCGUGAUCAUUUCACACCCUCGGUGUCGUCCUCACAAGCACCACCACUAACUACUCUGCUGGGUAUUCCGCCACGCGUGUCCGACUCCGAACUGACAGGCUCAACUAGCGGCUUCUACCCCCAGACGGUGCAAAAACCAUCCUCGGCUCGGGCAUUGUUGUCCCACUACACACAUCUGGCGUCAUUGGCUUAUGCGAAUGCUGCCUACGACGACUUUGUGCAUCGUUGCACGGCGGUGGUUCUGACGCCACAGCUGCUCCUCACUGCAGUGAACUGUGCUCCACAAACUACAAAGCGUCCGAAUCAUGCUGUCUUCGGAGUGGCCGAUUUGCGCGACAAGGAUGAAGAUGAGGACUAUAUGGUGGAUAUAGAGAAAAUUGUGUGGCAUCGCAAUGUCCUGGCACUUUUGCAAUUGAGGAAUCCAUUGCUGCUGGGCAGGGAGCGCCUGCCGGCGAAUGUCAGUGUGGCCCCAAUAUGCUCGCACUAUGAGUACACGCGUCUACUCUUCAAGAGCCAAUUGGUAGCCAGCGCCUGGGCGACCUCCAAUUCCUCAGACUGCGCUCUCUACGAGCAGCCGAUGCGUUUGAUGCUUUCCAAUGCCUGCUCGUCGGUCAGAAAUGCGGAUGACGAGCGGGGCACUCCACCGGGUCGCUUCUGCGUAGCACCCAUUAGGGCGGAGAGUGGUCUCGCUAAUGGUGCUACUGAUACUGCCGACAAUUGCACUCAGUGUCUGGGGCAUGUGGGCAGUGUGUUGCAUAUGCUGCGAGCCGAUGGCACACGUUGCGUCCUGGGAGUGGCGUCGCCCGCUCCUGCUGACUGCGAUGAGCAGCCUAUGUAUUAUACAAGUGUCCUGGACGACCAGUUUGCUCAGUUCAUGCAGCAGGCAUUGCAGCAAACACAACAACAGCAGCAGCCAUAAAAAAUAGUUAUAGUUAAUAAGCUAGGCUAAAUUUAAUUAAGUCAGUACUAUAGUACACUAGGCGGCAUAAGUUUUGUGAAUAUAUGUGAUCACUAGGUUAAUAAAAUAUAACUCCAAUUAUACCAUAA